AUGCAGGAUGUCAGGAGAUCACCCAAAUCAAUAGGUCACCCAGGCAGUCAAGGAGGUCACCAAUCAAGAGGUCAUCCAGGCAGUCAAGAGAUCACCCACGCAGUCAAUAGGUCACCCAGGCAGUCAAGAGAUCACCCAGGCAGUCAAGAGAUCACCCAGACAGUCAAGAGGUCACCCAGGCAGUCAAGAGGUCACCCAAGUAGUCAAAAGGUCACCCAGACAGUCAAGAAGUCACCCAGGCAGUCAAGAAGUCACCCAGGCAGUCAAGAGGUCACCCAGGUAAAGAGGACACCCAGGCAGUCAAGAGGUCACCCAGGUAGUCAAAAGGUCACCCAGGCAGUCAAGAGGUCACCCAGGCAGUCAAGAGGUCACCCAGGCAGUCAAGAAGUCACCCAGGCAGUCAAGAAGUCACCCAGGCAGUCAAGAGGUCCAGGCAGUCAAGAGAUCACCCGUAGUCAAGAAGACACCAGGUAG